AUGUCGGAACACCAAGACCCUGCAAUCUCUGCAGAACUUCGGGAUUGGCUGUUCGCCACUAUUGCGGAGUCCAUUCUCAAGGCUCUGGCAGCUUAUCAUGAGCAAUCUACUACAGAGGUUCACCCCUCUAUACACCAACCCUCUGACUCAGAGGAUUCCCACCUUUCAGACCAAGAAAGUGCCCCGCACAAAAGACCCUGGAAAGGGAAUAGCGCUACUGCAGGCAAAGGCAAAGCUCCUGCAAAAAUUCUCAAACAUUCCAAACCGUUCAUUAUGCAGAAUCCGACAGACCCUCUUGAGGGCUCUACCUCCCAACUAGCUGGUGAUAUCUUAAACGACUAUGACACCACCUACUCUGAUGAGGAUCCUACG